CUCUUGGUAUCAGAAUGCGUCUUCUAUCGUCUUCAUUGCUUGUCUUGUUUCUUACUCAGUUUGUAUCGUCCGAAAAAAAAUGUCCGGCUGUGAAAAAAGGGGCUUGCUGCACAGCACCUAUCACCCCAGGAUGUCGACUUCCCCGACAAUGUUAUAAAUACAUAAUGUCAAACUGUCCAGACAGAAAAAUUGCAGUUUUUUCCAGAAAAGUUGGAAAUGAUCGCCGCUCUGCUCCGAGAAAACCGUUGGGCAAAUGUGGAACAUCGGAGGUAAACUAUCAACCAUGCACUUCCAAGGGAAUUGCGAACAAACUCUUUUUGUCGUGCUGUCAAUUGUAUGUUCCAGAAGAAUGCCAUCACAUGUGUGUGUACGAAACUGAUCAGUCGGUUACUAGAAAUAUGCUGACCAACAUGCGGAAAGAUAGCCAGUGCCGAAUUAAACACCUGUCGUCAAUUUUGUACUGUGCCAGCCAGAACAGAGAUAAUAGGAAAUGCUGCUUGGAUUUAGAUCUCAAUGCCCCUCAACUUCAGGUUGGAUCUCGUUGCUUGCGAAUGUGUGAUCCAUCGGGUACUUCAAUCGAUAGAAUAACCAAGGAAGAUGUGACUUGCCUGUAUAAUUGGAAUGUUAUUAUGUACUGUCAUCAUGCCGGAAUACGCGAAAUGUAACUCAACCACUUCAUUUAUUUAUCUUUUUUAAGUUCACCCUUCAGCAUACCAAAGGUUACAUUUUUGCAGCAGUGCACUUAUAAUGUUGAUAAUAAUAAAAUAUUAAUUGG